GGCGGCGGCGGGACUUUCGCCUCCGCGCGAGCGGGGACUUCUGCCCAAGUUUUACCUCACGAAGUACCUCACCGCUGCAGCAUGAGGCGCGGCCAUGGCCAUGGCCAGGAGGGGUAGGUCAGCCGUGAGGACGCUGGAGGAUCUCACGCGGGAUUCCGGCUACGGUGGAGCAGCGGAUUCCUUCAGGUCCUCCAACCUGUCCCUGUGCUCCUCUGACUCUCACUUGGCGCCCACCCAUGGAGGCAACUGCUGGUAUCUGACAGACUCGAUGCAAAGUCGACACAACAGCUGCGACACUGUCAACACGGUCCUGGUUGAAGACGCUGAGAUACUGGAGUGUUCGGGGCAGUACUCCAAACUGCCUGAACUGGACGAGGUCCCGUGGAGUGUGCAAGACAUCGAAGCUGUUCUGGGCAGAGACCUGGGCAAUUGCUCCAAAGAUGCCAUCGCCAAACUGUCCUCCUUGGCCGGCAGACCGCUGGUGCGGAUCGCCAAAGAAGCUCAGAGGCUGAGCCUCAAGUACGCCAAGUGCACAAAGUAUGAGAUUCAGAGUGCCACGAAAAUAAUUCUGUCCUGGACUCUGGCGGAGAGCUGCACCCGCGCCGCCCUGAGCGCCCUUUCGCUGUACGACAUGAGCACAGGCGACCGGUUCAGUAAAGGUAAAUCGGCUCGAUGCAGCCUUACCUUUUCGGUGGGGAAGUUUUUCAGAUGGAUGGUGGACAGCAGAGUGGCACUUCGCAUUCACGAGCACGCCGCGAUCUACCUGACAGCGGGCAUGGAGAGCUUAAUCAAAGAGAUAUUUCUAAGAGUGAAGCACAGCGGCCACCUCUCAAGCGAGAACGCGGCUCCGAAAGUUGGGACAGAGUCCAUGGAUCAAGCAAUAAACAACGACCCAGAACUCUGGGGUAUGCUUCAGCCCUACCAGCACCUUAUCUGUGGAAAAAAUGCAAAUGGAAUUUUGAGUCUGCCCGAGAGUCUGAACCUGCACAGGGAGCACCAGAAGUCGGGAGGUGUACAGAUGUACAGUCAGUCUGAGCUCCGCACCAUCGAGCAGUCGUUGUUGGUUACACGUGUGGGAAGUAUCGCUGAGCUCAGUGAUCUGGUCUCUCGUGCAAUGCAUCACCUCCAGCCACUGCAGUCUAAACACUGUGGGAAUGGUACCCCUGUACGUUACAAGCAAGGACCUCUGUACUGGGAGCCUGAGGCACUGUACACAUUGUGCUAUUUCAUGCACUGUCCACAAAUGGAGUGGGAAAAUCCCAACGUGGAGCCAUCUCGAGUCAACCUUACCAUUGAGAGGCCUUUCCUGGUAUUGCCACCAUUAAUGGAAUGGAUAAGAGUGGCUGUGGCACAUGCUGAACAUCGCAGAAGUUUCUCUGUGGACAGUGAUGAUGUCCGACAAGCUUCACGCCUCCUGGUCCCUGGAGUCGACUGUGAACCGCGGCAAUUAAAAGCUGAUGACUGUUUCUGUGCCUCCUUGAAACUGGAUGCAGCAACCACAGAAGCAAAGUUUAUCCAAGGUCUCGGAUUCCGCAUGCUGAACUGUGGCAGGACAGACCUGGUUAAACAAGCCAUUGCAUUGCUUGGACCUGAUGGCAUUAACACACUGAGCGAACAGGGGUUGACACCGUUGAUGUAUGCGUGUGCUCGAGGGGAUGAAGCCAUGGUGCAGAUGUUGCUGGAUGCUGGAGCAGAUCUGAAUUGGGAGGUUCCCAACGCUACCCACAAAUACCCGUCUAUCCACCCAGAGACCCGACACUGGACAGCGCUCACGUUUGCUGUGUUACACAGCCACAUGGCUGUUGUUCAGCUGCUACUGGAUGCUGGAGCAAACGUAGAAGGUUCACUCUCACAAGGAGGUGAAAAUUAUUCUGAAACAACCCUACAACUAGCCUCUGCAGCUGGUAAUUUUGAGCUUGUUACUUUGCUGCUGGAAAGAGGCGCUGUCCCAAUGAUUGGAACGAUGCACAAGAAUGGGUUCUCAACUACUCCACAUGGUGACAUGAAUUCUUUUAGCCAGGCUGCAGCACAUGGACACAGGAAUGUGUUUCGAAAGUUGUUGGCACAGCCUGAGAAAGAAAAGGGUGACAUUCUGUCCUUAGAGGAGAUGUUGGCUGAGGGCACAGAUCCAAUGGAUAAUCCACAGUGUCAUUCAAGUUCAAAGCAUAACAGCAAGGCCAAGCUGAAGGCGUUAAGUGAAGCCAUGUACCACAGCUCAGAGCACGGAUAUGUGGAUAUUACCAUUGACAACAGGGGUCUUGGCGUUCCAUGGACACUCCACUCAUGGAUGGAUUCACUCUGCACCUCCUUCCAGCAGCACAGACGACCCAUUAUCCAGUGUUUGUUAAAAGAAUUCAGUACAAUUAAGGAAGACGAGUACACUGAGAACCUGCUCACACAGGGCCUUCCAUUAAUGUUUGUCUUAAGAGCCAGCAAGAAUGAAGUCAUCAGUCGGCAGUUAGCAGUCAUUUUCACUCACUGCUAUGGUCCUUAUCCAAUUCCCAAGCUUAAGGAAAUCAAGCAAAAGCAAUCCGCCAGGCUGGAUCCCCACUUUCUGAACAACAGGGAAAUGUCUGACAUCACAUUCCUGGUGGAAGGAAAACCAUUUUAUGCACAUAAAGUAUUAUUAUUUACAGCUUCUGCGAGGUUUAAGGUGCUGCUUUCAGACAGACCACCUUCUGAGAAUGCAUCUAACACCUGCAUUGAAAUCAGUCAUGUCACAUACAAUAUAUUUCAGAUGGUGAUGCAGUACCUUUAUUAUGGAGGGACUGAAAAACUACAGAUUAAAAAUACUGAUAUAUUAGAGCUGUUGUCGGCUGCUAAAUUUUUCCAACUUGAAGCACUACAGCGGCACUGUGAGGUGGUGUGUGCAAAAAACCUCAACUUGGAGAACAGUGUGGACAUGUAUAAUCACACCAAGCUGCUUGGUGCCCAUGAGCUGUCCUCCUACUGUGAAGGCUAUUUCCUGAAGAACAUGGUCGCUCUGAUGGAAAAUGAAGCUUUUAAACAACUACUGUAUGACUCCAAUGAGGAAUCACAAGGCCUCAAUGUGCUGCAAGAUUUAGAGAAAACACUGGCAGAAAGAAUUCAAUCAAUACAUCUGUCAGCUUCAAAGGGUUCAAUUGUAUAAAUGAGGCAGACAUGUAACAGCUGAACAGUAGAGCCGCUUGUUUAAGAACUGCCAUUAUUUUCCAGGCAGCAAACCAGUUUUAAAAAUUAAUAGCACUUUCAUAAGAAACAUAAGAUGGAUAUAGAUGGGGCUAGAGCAGCCAGCUCCAAUGCAUGAGCACCCACCACCUUAGGCUAACGGGCCGAAUGGCCUCCUAAGUUGUCAAGAGCUCCAGGACGCUACCCCAUAUGAAGAACGCUAUAUAAAUGCAAGUUGUUGUUGUAUUUCUAUGUUAUCUUGUGAGAAGCAGACAGGGAAAAUGUGUUUCUAUUCCAAGCCCAGUGGACUACGUUUUAUUCAGGUCAGACUUGUUGCGCAAGUUUUUUGAAUUCCCAGAUCAGGUCAUUUGGAUUUAUGAUGUAUCAAAGCAAAGUGAAUAAACUCCAUGAGAAAAAUGGGUCCUAAAACAUCUGGUUUGGUGCUAUGGUUGGUUCAGAGCAGCUCUCUGUCUGUAUUUCCUUUGUUUAUUGUGAAAGGUUACCUGUACAAACACUGUCUGCAGGAGUGAAAUCUGGUAUUUAUUUGCAUCUGUUGCAUGCUGACAUUCACUGAGACUAAACCCUGUAAGGCUGUGCUUGAAUGUGAAUCUUGGAGUCAUGCUCAAUGAACAAGUAGGAGAGAUGAGAAAUAUGCAGGUUUAGUAAUCAACGUGAUGGUUACUAUGUUUUACCAAAAAGAAGCUGUUUGAAUUGUUCAAAUAUUGUGCUUUUUGGAAUGUUUGAAGUGACCAAAGUGGGAGAUUGACAAUCAGAGGAAUGAAGUCUUUUGUUACUUACAACCAGAGACUGCAUUAGCUUGAGUCUUGACUCUCGACUCUCAAGUCAAGUUUAAUAUUAAUUAUUUGCACAAGCAAAGCAGUUUUGAUUUCAUAUUCUCAUUCUUAAAUUCUUCAUUCUUCUCAGAGCUGAGUCUGCUACCUGAGACACUGAUUUUGGGAUUGAUUGAUUAAUUUUUUUGAGGAUAUUUAUGCCACUUGUAACCUUUGCUAGUGGAGGAAGUGUUCCCUGGGUUUGUGCUGAGCUGGAUUGGAAAUGUGAAGGGUGGUGUUCUGAAGUGUGAAACAGAGAGCUGUACUCUGUAAGGCUUUAAUUUCUUCGUGAAAUUACAGUAUCACCAUAGGAUCUUACCUGACUCUAUUUUUAUAACCCUUUGGUACAAUUAUUGUUAUGUUAUAGAAACUCAUAGAUCCAUAUGAUAAUUCAGCAAGGUUGUGGUUGUCCCAUAAAAUAUACUAUUUAAUAAGACUCAAAAGAUAAUUUACCUUUUCUCUGGCUACCGUGAAGCUAUAAAUAAGUGUAGCCACAAAAUAUCUUGCAUUGCUCGGAAGCUUUGGCACCAGAUAGGAAUAGUGGAAACUUAUAAGAUGAUUUCUGUCAGGACAAUUGGCUGUUUAUUUCACUAAAUUAUUUAGCAUCGCAAUAUAAUGUCAAGUACAUUAGAACAUGUUGAUAGUUUUAAAGUUUAGUCUUUACUAUAGAUUGUGAAAAGAAGUUAAUAUAUGUAAAUAUGACAAAACUCAUGAAAUUAUGUAAUUAUAGAAUGUAUUUUCAUCUCAGUAGCUGAAGGAGGUUGAUGACGGCUUCAUAAACCAGCUCACUGUGUUAAAUGUUUUGUGGUGGCACUUUUCUUUCAAGUGAGUCCAUCUGGCACAGUAACAUGUCAUAAGAUGGAUAAUGUUAUAAUGUUUAGCAAUGUCAAAUCUUGAAGACAUCCAUCCUAUGUGAAAGGCUUUAUAUCAGUACAAAUUUUAUAAAAUUGAGUUUACCAGGUUAGAGACCAAAAAAAAGCCUUGUCUAAUACAUUAACUGAACCUAUAUGUUCCGUACAUAGUUUGGCAAUUUCCCCUCUCAAUGUAGUGUAAUGAAAUCCUACUUUUGCACUGUUUUUUGAGAUUCAAAACAAAUGUACUUGAUUGGAGACAAGUGUUUAGGCAUUGUUGGAUUUUUUUAACACAAAAAACGUACCAAUGUGGGAGAGAAGGCCAUCUAUUAUGUGUUGAUUCCCUGCAGCUAUUCUUCCCCUUAACACAUCAGAAAUGUGGGGUAGUUAUUAAACAGAACAGAUCUAUAGUCAGCCACAACUUUACAUAGAGAAUUGUAUUAUGCUAGCUUCAAUUCUACUUGAGUUCAGGAUAAAGUUUGCUGUAGUUUUGCGUUAGAUUGCAAUUGUUACAGUUUUAGUACUGUAUGAUGUGAAUAUUUUUAUAGGCAACUACUAAUAUGUAUAUCUUAUCUGUGAUUCUGAUACCGUGUAAGACUACACAAUUGUGAUUCACACAUCAUCACUAAUGAUUUUCUAACCUUUAAUGAUGCCUAAUUCUGUUUUGUUUAGAUAAUGUAAAACAAAACAAAAUUGAGCUCACAAAAAUGUGCUCCGUAAUUUUAGCUGAAGCAGAAUUUGAAGGGUGAUUUCCUAGUAGUGAUAUUGGGUAUAAAUUGCAAUGUGCAACACACCUGUUGAUGAAAUAACUAACAGUAGUUAAUGGAAUAAAUAGCAGUUAUAGCUAUAAAACAAAUGUAAUAGAUUUCCUCUUACUGAUUACGACUUACCUAUUUAAUCUAAAAGAAGCACCUUUUGACAUUUUACAAGUACUGUAUAUGUAAUUUCCCAGGCAAAAUAAUAAUCAAUACAUUAGGAAAUUAAUUAGUCUUAUACAUAAAUCAAAAAUGAAAGUUCCAACAUACAUAAGGUUAACAAUCUGUGCUUCUCUUUCAAUACUAUGUGUUUGGGAAAUCCUGAACUAUUUUAAAAGUUACUUUUCUUUAUAAAUCAUAUAGAUUGAGUUACUGUUGAAAUAAAUACAAAAAAACAUUAUUUGAAAAAUAAAUAAUACCCCCUCUUGCUUCUGUCAGUGAAUUAGAGAGCAAUUUGAAUAUUUAGCUAAUUAUGUAUAAGUAGUUAGAGAUUCACUUUAAAUCAUCAAAUAUAAGCUGAACUUUUUAUCAUCAAAAUAUUUUACUUUACAUAAGGUUUUUCAUCAAGAGGGUGAGACGAAACAAGUUGAAUGAGAUGGAAUGGGACAAAGAAAACACAAUUCAUGUAUAUUGUAAACUAUCUCUGUCAACAUUAAACUAUAUUUUAUAUGAAAAGAUUCUAAUUAGAGUUUUAAUAGAUUUUUUUCAGAAUAAACCAAGUAAUGGCCCAGCACGUUUAAUGUGUUAUAGUUGAGCUGCGUGGAACCAAACUGGUGUAUUUCCCAUUAUCUAGAUAGAAAUGGUAUUUAAAUGGUGUAUCGUGUAAAUCUAAAUUGUUUUAUUUUUGACAGCAUGGUAAAAGAUUACCUAAAUUUGUGUGUUUUGUAAAAUAUUGUAUAUAUUUACGGUUCUGCGUAUACCAUUAUUUCUGAAUCAAAACUCCUGUACUAGCUUGUUUGUUUCAUCUCUGAAAAUGAAGAUUGCUUCGGGUAUGUGAGCACAUACAUGAAUUUGCACUGAUACCAGGUAUUUAAAUCUUUGUUAAGGUGUUAAAAUAGCUUGCAAUAGCGAUCACUUAGAUGAGAAUAUCCCUUUGAAAAUAAUAUGCUUCUCUUUAAAAGUAUUGCCUGCAAUUUGAUUGUUUUUAUCUAUUGUGAACUAUGUAUAAACAAUUGCAAUUGUAUUUUCAACAAUUAUAUUGGUUCAAUUUAAUAAAGUAAUACUCCCCAGGUACUGAUGGGGGAAUGCAGAUGCCUCUAGGGUUUCCCAGCACACUCUGCCUUCUUCAGACAGUCUUAUCUAUGUUUGAGUGAAUUUUAUCAAACUUGCUGGGAGAAUCAUAACAUGCAUUUAAAUAUAUAUAUUGUGUAAUAUGUUAGCGUCAGACCUUGAAAAAGGUAGGCUGCAAAACACAAAGUAUAUUCUGAAGAUUGUUUUAUUAAAUGCAUUUGUGAAAAA